AUGCAGGUCACUGAUGGGGAAAAUUGUAAAGGAAGUUUGGCAAUGUUUAAAAAAAUUGCAAUAAAAGAAGGAAUCACAGGUCUUUACACGGGUGCUCUUUCACCUGUGCUCGGAAAUGCUCCUGUGAAUGCAGUUCUGUUUGCUAGCAAUGAUAUAGCUGCAAGAGUCAUGAAGAAUAUUGAUUUAUCAGAAGAAACUAAAAUCUUUUGAGGGGGAUGUUUCGGUGGAUUGAUGUGUUGAUUUGUCAACUGCCCAAUAGAGUUACUUAAAAUAAAAAUUAAGGCAACUCAGGAAAACCCAAGUCUUAUUUAAAAUAAUUAGAGCUGAAGGAUUCAAUGGGCUCUUCUCUGCUUUUGUUCCAAUCUUAUGAAGAGAUGUUCCAACUUAUGGGAUCUAUUUUUUCACAUAUAACUAUCUGACAAAGAAAUUAUGCGAGAACCAAGAUCCUGACAGAAAGACUCCCAGGAAUGUUAUUGGAAAGAUGGUUGCUGAAGGCUUAUCAGGCCAAAUCACUUGGACAACAUCUUUCCCAUCAGAUGUUAUAAAGAGCUAUAUCCAAUAUCACCCUGGUCAUAGAGGCAUUCUUAGAACAGCAAGAUAUAUCUACCACAAAUACGGAGCAGGUAAAUUCUAUAGAGGCCUUGCCCCAUGCUUAAUCAGAGCUUUCCCUGUAAACGCAAUCGUGUUCAUCACAGACGAAGAAACUGUCAACAUUCUAAAUUCUUAUCUCUAA